CCAGACCAUGCCUUCCCUGGGUGCCCUCCUGUUCGUCCUUGUCUGCAUUUUGCUCACAUGGAUCUUUCACAGGAAGAGCGAGGCGCCUCAGGUCAGAGCUGAGGCUCGUCCCUGGGUGGAUGGAGACCUGAAGGACAACACUGAGCUCCCGCAGGUGGAAGAAGAUGCUGGUGACUCGGCAGCUUCAGAGGGGAAUGUGGACCACAUCCCAUUCUCUCACACCCGGUAUUCCGAGAGGGAAAUGAUUAAGAGGUCCCAGGAAUUUUAUGAACUUCUGAAUAAGAGACGUUCGAUCAGGUUCAUAAGUAAUGAACAUGUCCCCCAGGAAGUAAUUGACAAUGUCAUCAAAGCCGCAGGAACUGCCCCAAGUGGGGCCCAUACGGAACCCUGGACCUUCGUGGUUGUGAAGGACCCAGACGUGAAGCACAAGAUCCGGGAGAUCAUAGAAGAGGAGGAGGAGAUCAACUACAGGAAAAGGAUGGGGGCCCGGUGGGUGGCAGACCUGAGGAAGAUGAGAACCAACUGGGUCAAAGACUACCUGGACACUGCUCCCAUUUUGAUUCUCAUUUUCAAGCAGGUGCAUGGCUUUACUGCAAGUGGCAAGAAAAAGGUCCACUACUACAAUGAGAUCAGCGUGUCCAUCGCCUGUGGCAUCCUGCUGGCAGCCCUGCAGAAUGCAGGGCUAGUGACAGUCACCACCACUCCACUCAACUGUGGCCCUCGGCUGAGAGUGCUCCUGAACCGGCCCACCCAUGAGAAGUUACUGAUGCUGCUCCCUGUGGGGUACCCCAGCAAAGAGGCCACAGUGCCCCACUUCACUCGGAAGCCCCUGGAGCAGAUCAUGGGAACUGCCCUGGUGUCAAGAAACCUUUCCACACUGUGCAGCAUCCUGACCUAGAGCAGAAUUGCUCCUGAUGGACUGUGUGAGUAGGGAACAAAUUGAGCCAAAGAUAAGUAGCUGUGUGUUUCCACUUACCCACUUCACAUAUGUAGGAACAUGUGACUAAGAA